AUGGACAUGGACUCACCUUCUGUGAAUAACGGCAACGAUGCGGACGAUUCGGAUUCGUCGAAUGAUUUAGGUUAUGCACCUCAACAGGUGCCGAAACGAAGUGCCACCCUAUCGCCAGCCGCAAGAUCAAGAUUUAGACACCAUUCGAAAAGCAGGUUAGAAUUAAAAAUUCAUAUAACUCCCAUGUGUAUUCCGAUUAAUCCAGUAAUCUGUGAUGCGUUAACUUCGAAGACUGAUGGGACAUGA